CUUGCGGGGCAUCACAUCCUCAUGCAAUGAUCUCGUAUCUUCGCCUUUGUCAAAUAUUUGGGCACUGAGUGGAAUUCUUAGGGGCCUUGCCUGGCAACUUAAGCGGGUCAUGGGUACAUGACCCCAGAUCAAGGUUGGAGGCCUGCUACUGGCCAAAGAUCAGUGUGCAGAUGAGCAAGCAGCGACCUCAGUAUUUUUUUUCUUCUUAUCUUGCUUCGAGUUUCCACCCAUCUGGGAGACCAAUCUCCACAUCUCCUCCUGCAGGCAGCUUCCCAGCUAGCCCCUGGCCUGAUUCAAAGGCUGGUGGGCGUGUUUCCUGCCUGAGGCAAUGCGUUGGACUUAGCCAAGGCUUGGGACUCCUAGCUGCUGUAUAAAGAGACCAGCAGUGACCCUGCAGCACAGACUUUGCUGGAGCCAGCUCCCCUCCAGUUGCGGCUGUGUUCGGCGCCACUCACUACACCGGAAAAAUGGCACCGGUUGCCGGCAAAAAGGCCAAGAAGGGGAUCUUAGAACGCUUAAAUGCUGGAGAAGUUGUGAUUGGAGAUGGAGGAUUUGUCUUUGCACUGGAAAAGAGGGGCUAUGUAAAGGCUGGACCCUGGACCCCAGAAGCUGCUGUGGAGCACCCCGAGGCAGUUCGCCAGCUUCAUCGGGAGUUCCUCAGAGCUGGAUCAAACGUCAUGCAGACCUUCACUUUCUAUGCCAGUGAAGACAAGCUGGAAAACAGAGGAAACUACGUGGCAGAGAAGAUUUCUGGGCAGAAGGUCAAUGAAGCUGCCUGUGACAUUGCACGGCAAGUGGCUGAUGAAGGAGAUGCUUUGGUUGCGGGAGGCGUGAGCCAGACGCCUUCAUACCUUAGCUGCAAGAGUGAGACGGAAGUUAAAAAGAUAUUUCACCAACAGCUAGAGGUCUUCAUGAAGAAGAAUGUGGACUUCCUCAUUGCAGAGUAUUUUGAACAUGUUGAAGAAGCUGUGUGGGCAGUAGAAGCCUUAAAAACAUCCGGUAAGCCCAUAGCAGCUACCAUGUGCAUCGGGCCUGAAGGAGAUCUGCAUGGUGUGUCCCCUGGAGAGUGUGCGGUGCGUCUGGUGAAAGCAGGAGCCUCCAUUGUCGGUGUGAACUGCCACUUCGACCCCAGCAUCAGCUUACAGACUGUGAAGCUCAUGAAGGAGGGUCUGGAGGCUGCUCGGUUGAAAGCUUACCUGAUGAGCCAGCCCCUGGCCUACCACACCCCUGACUGUGGCAAACAGGGAUUUAUUGAUCUCCCAGAAUUCCCCUUUGGAUUGGAACCCAGAGUUGCGACCAGAUGGGAUAUUCAAAAAUACGCCAGAGAGGCCUACAACCUGGGGGUCAGGUACAUUGGCGGCUGCUGCGGAUUUGAGCCCUACCACAUCAGGGCGAUUGCAGAGGAGCUGGCACCAGAAAGGGGAUUUUUGCCACCAGCUUCAGAAAAACAUGGCAGCUGGGGAAGUGGCUUGGACAUGCACACUAAACCCUGGAUCAGGGCAAGAGCCAGAAAGGAAUACUGGCAGAACCUUAGAAUAGCUUCUGGCCGGCCGUACAACCCUUCGAUGUCCAGGCCAGAUGCUUGGGGAGUAACGAAAGGAGCAGCCGAACUGAUGCAGCAGAAGGGAGCCACGACUGAGCAGCAGCUGAGGGAGCUCUUCGAGAAACAAAAAUUCAAAUCUGCACAGUAGCCACGAGGCAAUGGUUUGGGGUGAAUUCCUCCAAGUCUGGGCCACAAUGUGUACCCAGAAGGAAAAGGUGGCUGAAAGUCAGUGUUUGUGUUAAGACCAGCCUAUACCUUUGAUUGGCGCUAGUUAGACAAAAUGGAAUCACAAAUGGCAUUUUACAGUUACAAAACUAGGUUUUAGAAAUUUACUUAGAAGCAAAGAAAGGCAAAGUCCUCAGUAAAUCCUAGAUAGAUUUCCUAAGUACCUGCCAUGUAACAGGUGUACAGAAGCCACUGCAGCAAAGAGACAGUCACCCGGAUGUCAACCAUCCCAUUUCAGGUAGGAACAGAGGACACAAGCCACUAUAAGUGACAUAGUAAGUACUCAGGGACCAUAUCAUAGAUGACACAGCCACCGACUUUAUCUAAGGGGCUUCUGGCAGUGAAUCCCAAGAUCUUUUGAGCAUGACCCUUAGAAAGAAACAUCAUAUGCACCAGCCCUGUAAAACUUAACAUAACCACAAAGAAGAAACAACGGAUCUGUUCUGAGAUUUUUCUGUCUGCUUCCAUUCCAUUUCAUUAAUAAAAACAUGCUGGUUGAAAACCUUCAAGACA